AACUCUGGAAGACAAAAGACUGCUCAUUUCUUCUCUUUCUCUUCAGUGCAAAUUAUGACUCUCUCCUUCUUCUUCUUCUUCUUCUUUUUCGUAUCUUCUUUCACUCAUAAUUAUCAUCAUGAACAUCCACAACAUCAAUGAAAAAGAUUAAAAGGAAAUCUAUUUUCCCCUUGUUAAAUAGUUUAGUUACUGCUGUAUAAAAGUAAUUAUAGGGCACUGUUAGUAUCAAACUCAAUUCUGGUUUUUCUAAGAUUCUUUUUACAACUUCUCUGUGACCAACUUUUCCCAUACAAACGAAGCCCACCACCAACUCUUACUGGCCCAUCUAGGGUUUUUUUACAAAUUUUUUUAUCUUUUUUUUUUCUUCUUUUUAUUAUGAUUCUUAGGUUUAUUUCUUUUCUCAUCUUUUAUCUUUCCAUCAAAUAUUAGCUGACUUUGUCUGCUUUGAUUCCCUUUCAAUUCUAUGGAUUCGCAGUAUAUUUCUUCUUCCAUUUCUAGGGUUUAUCUAGGGUUUUUCUUUUAAGAUGUGGUUUCUUUUUAAUUGGCUCUACUUUAGUAUCACUUAAUUAUUAUCUCCGAUUUCAUUGAUCAUCCCUUUUUUCUUUUCCUUUUUUUCUAGAAGAUUCUUGGAUCCUCUCUUUUAAUCUGAGUCUUAGUUAGAAUUAGUAUAUAAUUUUAUUCUUCUAUUCUUGAUGGCUUAUCAGCCGAUUCCGGGUCCUAGCUCGGGAUCGAGUUCCAGUUCUGGGUUUCAAUACAUGAAUUCUCCUUUUGGAGAUACCACAUACACAAAGGUCUUUGUCGGGGGACUUGCUUGGGAAACUCAAAGUGAGACCAUGCGUCGCUAUUUUGAGCAAUUCGGUGAGAUUCUUGAAGCUGUCGUUAUCACUGAUAAGAAUACUGGGCGAUCCAAAGGCUAUGGUUUUGUGACUUUUCGGGAACCGGAGGCUGCUAAGAGAGCCUGUGCUGAUCCAACUCCAAUAAUUGAUGGUAGGCGAGCAAAUUGUAAUUUGGCUUCACUUGGGCGACCGCGACCUCCAAUAUUCUAUGGGCGUCCAAGGCCAACAGCCCUAUACAGUGGGAGCUUGCAAGCCUCCCGGGGCCCUUAUAUUGGAAGUUUUGGCUACCAGCAACCACUUUCAUACAACUACCAACAAGGAUUGGUUUAUCCUCCUUAUGGGUAUUCAACAUAUGGUCCUGAAUACGUCUACCCACAGGGUGUUUACAACCCAUACAUGGGUCAGCAGUACCUUCAGAUAUAUGGAGUACCUGGGACGGUCAACACAGCUAUCUAUCCUUAUGGACAAAUGGGUCAAAAUGUUCCUGGAGGUCAUGGUUAUACCUCGUUGCAGGGAUAUGGAGUGCCUGGUCAUCAGAUUGUGCAGUUCAGUGGACCAAGUGUAAAUGCAAUAACAACUUCACCUAUGCCCACAGUUCAGGCACCAUAUCCUGCCGGUAUUGCUGCCCCUGUUCCAGCACAACCUCAAUUUUUAGUUCCUGCUCCUUCUCAGUUCAUGCAAGGUAGCGGUUCUGACCAAACUACUGGGUGAGGGGUGGAUCAAGGUAUCCUUAGAUUGCAGCAGGACUAAGAGCAGCGGAACUGCUACUUGAGUGGCGGGCUUCGGAUCUAGCCUUGCAAAUUAAUUUUCUUGCAUUCUAGAGGUCAUACAUAGUUCAUGCUCACCAGAGAAGUCUGUUGUCUGAGUCGCUCCGUAUGGUUGAGAAGGAUAAUGGAAGAUGCGGGCUGCACUUCCUUUACCCUAUUGUAUCUAAAACCUUCAUAUGCCUGCUGGUGCUCAGGGAGAGCCGCGAGCAGUCAUAGAUUGAUGGAUGCUGGAAUUGGGAUUUUGGCAACCAUGUAGGAAGGAAUAAAACAAUGUUUUUUUUUUUUUUUUUUUUUUUUAAAUUUCAAAAAAGGAAAAAAAAGACAGUCAACAUGCAUAGAAUCAAGAUAUGAUUCUUUUAUAGUCUAGUCUAAGUCCCAGCAUUUGGGUAUAUAGAUGGUCUAUGGUACUGGUAGUGGUGACUACUGUUGCCCCCUGCAUUGUAUUUAAAUUAAAAUGUCAUUUCAACUUUUGUGCAUAUUAGUUCUAGGGGUUUUAUUUUACACCAUCUUCUGUAAUAUUCUUGAUCUGACAGCCCGACCUCAAAGCAUGGGGAAAGCUUCAGUCAUAUUUAAUUUAAAAAAAAAAAAAUUCUGUGUG